GCGCGCUACCGACUGGCGACCCCGCGAGAGUAUUCUAGGCCGCUCGUGUGAUCAAACAGAUCCGCUCCGUUCCCGGGAACAUCAUCGAGAUUAGAGGUGGGCUCUCAACUUUAUUCCAAUGGCGGACGGGGGUCCUUUGAAUCCGCGCUGAGGUGCCGAUCGCCGCAUUCACACCCAUCUUGGACAGUUGUUCAGGUGGAAACUACCAGCACUGAUUACUAGUUAGUCCAGAGGGAAGACUGAAUAAUGAGCAGUGAGUAAAUACAGAAGAAGUGGAGACCCGCAGCAGGAAGAUCUUGUUCAAUGCUGUAAGACACCGGAGCAACAUCCCCUGCUUUAUAAUAGCAGUUGACGUUACCCAGUAUAAAAAAGACGAAGACGAUGGUUGCCACCAGCUGUAUGGCUGCCGAGGUUAUUCAAAACAUCUCAUUUUGUGUUCAUCAAAAGAAAGAAAAUCUCACAGGCUCGGUGAUCAAGCGUCAGAGCUGCUCUGAGGACCAGCGGAAACCCAGGUGUGGCCGGGGCUCAGGCAGCGCAGGGCCAGUCGAGGCGUUUCACCACCAUGGAUGUUGACGAGGAGGAGAACAUGAGUUCAUGCAGCACCGACGUAAAGGAAAACCGCAACCUGGACAACGUCUCUUCUAAGGAGGGAGCUGGCCUGGUGGAGCAGCUCCCCAACGGUAGUGGAGGAGGGGGUCGCAAGCGGCCCCUGGAGGAGGGCAACAAUGGCCACGCUCACUCCAAAUUCAGACCCAAGAAACGUAAGAAAACGCCAGGGCCGGUUCUUCCCAAGAACGCCCUGAUGCAGCUGAACGAGAUCAAACCGGGUCUGCAGUACAAGCUGCUCUCGCAGACCGGCCCCGUCCACGCGCCGGUCUUCGUCAUGACCGUCGAGGUUAACGGUCAGUUGUUUGAGGGCUCGGGGCCUACGAAGAAAAAGGCCAAGCUAAACGCCGCAGAGAAGGCGCUGCGCUCCUUCGUGCAGUUCCCAAACGCGUCCGAGGCUCACCUGGCCAUGGGCCGUACGCUCACCGUCAACACGGAUUUCACCUCCGACCAGGCUGACUUCCCUGACAUGCUCUUCAACGGGUUUGAGACGCCGGCACCGUCUGAGGAAACGUUUUUUCUGGGCUCCAACGGCAACGGCUCCUUAAAACCGCUGGGAGAGUAUCCCGUGCCCCAGGCGCCAGGUACGAACAGCCUCGUGCAGGCUCCGCUUCCGCCGCCCUCCUCCUUUUCCUCCUCGACCAGCGGCAAAAACCCCGUCAUGAUUCUCAACGAGCUGCGGCCGGGCCUCAAAUACGAGUUUGUGUCGGAGAGCCGGGAGAGCCACGCUAAGAACUUUGUGAUGUCGGUGACAGUGGACUCGCAGACGUUUGAGGGCUCCGGCCGAAAUAAGAAACUCGCUAAAGCCCGGGCUGCCCAAGCGGCUCUGUCGGCGCUCUUCAACAUGCAACUGGACCAGACCCCGUCCCGCCAACCCAUCCCGAGAGAGGGGCUGCAGCUGCACCUACCGCAGGUCCUUGCAGAUGCCGUCUCUCGUCUGGUAGUGGACAAAUUCAGCGAGCUCACAGACAACUUCACGUCUCCACAUGCGCGGCGGAAAGUUCUGGCUGGUGUUGUCAUGACAACAGGCACCGAUGUCAAGGACGCUCAGGUCAUCUGCGUCUCCACGGGAACCAAGUGUAUAAACGGCGAGUAUAUGAGCGACCGUGGCCUUGCGCUCAACGACUGUCACGCUGAAAUCAUCGCUCGCCGCUCUCUGAUCAGGUAUCUCUACAUGCAGCUGGAGCACUUCUUAAGCAACAAUAAAGAGGAGCACCAAAAGUCCAUAUUCACGCAGUGUGACAAGCGUGGCUUUCGGCUGAAAGACAACGUCCAGUUUCAUCUUUACAUCAGCACAUCGCCCUGCGGAGACGCCCGCAUCUUCUCUCCUCACGAGGCGGGCGUAGAGGACCAGGGAGACAGACACCCGAACAGGAAGGCAAGGGGCCAGCUUAGGACCAAGAUCGAGUCUGGAGAGGGAACCAUCCCGGUGCGAUCUAGUAACACCAUACAGACGUGGGACGGGGUCCUGCAGGGCGAGCGGCUGCUUACCAUGUCAUGCAGUGACAAAAUCGCAAGGUGGAACGUGGUGGGCAUCCAGGGCUCUCUGAUGAGCUACUUCACAGAGCCCAUCUACUUCUCCAGCAUCAUCCUGGGCAGCUUGUAUCACGCUGAUCAUCUCUCCCGAGCCAUGUACCAGCGGAUCGCUGACAUCGAAGACCUGCCCCAGCAAUUCUCCCUCAACCGCCCCCUGCUCAGCGGAAUCAGUAACGCCGAGGCCCGGCAGCCAGGAAAAGCUCCUAACUUCAGUGUGAACUGGACGGUGGGAGAUCAGGCUCUAGAAGUCAUUAACGCCACCACAGGCAAGGAUGACAUGGGCAGGCCCUCACGUCUCUGUAAGCACGCCCUGUACAGCCGCUGGGUGCGACUACACUCUAAGCUUUCGUCAACUCUGCGAAUCAAAGUGCCCAAGCCCAGCUCGUACCACGAAGCCAAACAAGCAGCGGUGGAGUACCACACGGCCAAGCAGACGCUCAUCAAGGCCUUUCACAAAGCGGGCCUGGGUGCCUGGGUGAAAAAACCCAUAGAACAGGACCAGUUCUCGCUGAACUCUUGAAGAGGGAACAUUAAAAGACCAGGACAUGACAACAACCAGCUGUUAAUACUUCACUUGAUGUGCGGGGAUGUGUGUGUGUGUGCGCGUGCGCGUGUGUGUGUGUGACACUGUUUGUUCUCAGACAAACCAAGAGCCCUUUAGUGUCUGUCAUUUUGCUCUCUUUGUGUGAAUCAUGACUCUGCCUUUUUAAUUUGUUACGUAGAAUCAGAUUUUCAUCUAAUGUAUGUUUGUUUCGAAGUUAGCGGCAUUAGCCUUCCGCGGAUAACAGGACGUAAUGUCGUUUGUAACUGGAAUCCUUUUUUUAAUUUCGAUUUUUUUUUUUCGUGAGAGAGGGUUGUUCUGAUAAAACCUCGAUGCCGUAAACGCGUGCGUUACGUGGCUUCAGGUCGACCACUCCGCUCUGCGCACGGGUCCGAAGGUUUCCUGGUCCAGCCUACCCAAAUGCUGGCUCACCUUUUUGAGCAUGGUUCUCCUUGAUAUGCAAAACAUAAGCAUAUUUAUAUUUUUUAUUCCGUUCCCUCCGGAUUUUUAGAAGGGGAAGAGAUUCUAUCACAUAGAUCAGAACUAUUCAGCAUGGUCCCUUUAGACAGACAAACUUAUUUUGUCAGGACUUUAGUGUAGAAUUAGCGUAUUCCGUCUUUCUAGUAAAAGAGAUCUUAAUUUGACCUCGGAGGGAAACUUGAAUUUUUGCAUAUGGUUCCUACGUAAGCUGUAUUCGCAAACGAUGAAAUGAUUGGGAAAACAGAGUAGUCUUAUGAAUGCAACCAAAGUGCAUUGAUGUUAUUAAACGAUGUGUCGUGGCUUUUGAAAUUUCUCAGAGGUCUUAAAUGCAUGUGCGAAUUACAUAAGGCUCAAAGAAAGCCCUUUAUUCUGGGUUCAAUACUUUACUGGAAUAUAACGGACCAUUUUAAAAGCCCUGCUUUUUAGGUGUCUACAGUGUAUUGACUUUAAGCUGCAUGGAGUCCAUCGGGUCAGAUUUCCCAGCGAAACCUGAUCUGCUCACGCGAUCGGGUUAAACCUGUGUUAAAGGAAUGGUUCACCCAAAUACGAAAAUUCACCCUCAUGUCGACUCUAAAGCUCAGCUUAAGAAAAAGACCAAACCCGGAAUCAUGUAGGCGAGUCUGUUUCUGGAUGAGCUCUUCCUUUAACGUUCAUGCUGCAUACAGUCAAUUCAGGGUUUGAGAGCAAGGCAUUGUGGGAGUUUUUCAAGAUGGCAGAAUGGUCUGUAAAAUGCACGUUUAUUAUUGACAAAAGCCAUCUCUGCAUGCGGAAGCGAGGGUUUGCAGCGGCGACUCUGACUUUCACUUUAUCCUUGCGACUUGUUUGAGGAUUUUUUUUUUAUUUCCUGCAUAGACCCGAAUGCCUA